AUGUUGGGUCACGCGCGCCAUGGCCGUCACCUUGGUCCGCCGUCCGCCGUCAAUCGUUCGACUGGACAGCACCAGCUGAGCGAGGAGCAGAUUGCUGAACUGAAAGAAGCCUUUUCGCUUUUUGACAAGAACAACGAUGGAAGAAUCACCAUUCAAGAGCUCGGUCGAGUGAUGCAUGCAUUGGGUCAGCAUCCAAGCGAAUCUGAAAUCUCAGACAUGCUCAAUGAGGUCGAUGCCGACGGGGAUGGCACAAUUGAUUUCUUUGAGUUUCUUACCAUGAUGGCUCGCAAGGUCAAGGAUGUAGAUGCCGAGGCUGAACUCAAGGAGGCUUUUGACGUGUUCGACAAAAAUGGCGAUGGAUUCAUAUCGUCCGAAGAGCUGGCGCUAGUGCUGAAGAAUCUUGGGGAGCCCGCAAGUGGGGCUGAUGUUGCGCGCAUGAUCAAGGACGCUGAUUUAGAUGGAAACAAUCUCAUCGACUUUGAAGAAUUCAAAAAGAUGAUGAAUGUCAAUUAG